CCUCUGUCAUCUACACCUUCGUCUCCGACAAACCCCACCAUCCUCCUCAACAUCACCAUUUCACCAAUAAUCUCCAACCGCCACCUUCAGCCGCCGCCGCCGCAAACCAACGAGGCUGUCUGGCAUCAUGAGAUGGAGGAGGGAGGGGAUGUCGGAGAAAAAGAAACUGGAGAAUAUACCACUUCUCCGUCCAUAACAUUCACUUCGCAAAUCAAAGCAAAAUUAAUCAACAAAUUUCAAUUCACGCACACGAUGACGAUGUGGAGAAAGCUAAUGUCCUUCUCGAAUCUCCUCGUCGUCGACACCGAGAAAGCAACGUAGUCGAUUAGCCUCAUUGGCGGUGACAAAGAAGGGGUUGCCAGAGGUAUUGGCAGUGAGCUUCGUCGGAGAAGGUGCGCGGUGCUGUGGAGGAUGUUGUAAUCCUGUGCGAGAGGAUGUAUGUUAUGAUCGUGAGAUCAGAUUAAUCCAAUGACGGUAAAAGUGGUCCACCAAAAAUCACUUAAUAAUAAAAUUGAUCCGACGUCGUCUCGAAAAAUAUGUGUUGUUACCGAAGAUUGACAGAUGGACGUUACGUUGGCGAACCAUGACACGUGGCUGAGGGUUUAGGGUUUAGCAGCCGAUAACUAGGGUUUUACUACUGCGAAUUCCAUUCGAGAAGAGUGUUACAAUGUCCGAAGCAGAAGCAGGUUCCAUGGCUUCCGUGGUUGCUUCGCUAUCAGCAAGCUUCUAUCAAGUGCCUCCGUCUGCGGUUCCUGCAAUGCUGGAUUGCAUUCUGGUCUCCACCGGUUUGUCUCCGCCCUCGCUCUUCGCUUCACUCCUCCACGAUUUCCCUCGAAUUCUUCUCAAGGAUAUUACCAAUGAAGGUGAUGAUGAUUUGGAUGCUGAUAAACGCCUCCACCUUGUGUCAAUGGUGGGCGCGUUUUGUCACCUCCUGAAGAAAAUGGGGGCUGAUUGUGACGCUGUAAGGUCGUUUGUGUGGAGGUGUUUUCUUCCUUUAGUUAAGGUGCUACAGCCAUUGCAGCAUGACUUGCUUAAUCAGAUCACAGAAUUGUUCAUGGGUGUAGUGAUUGAAACUUGCGCCUGGGAAGUUCUUGAAGCAACUUCGGUGCCAAUUUUCUUAAGAUCAGUUGGUCUUUCCAUGGGUAUGCUUCAUAACGAUGAUUUGGAUUUUUAUGAAUGGAGUAGUAAUUCAUCUCACCAAGACUCGUAUGACGUCAUGAUUGAUCCACUAAUGGACAAGGAGCUAUUGCUGUCUCUGUCAAAUAGUUUCAAAUUGCUAACUUCAUGUAAUCUUCUGUCUGUAAUUCUGGAAGCUGCCCUUCAGUAUAUGCAAACAGAUACACUACCUAAAUCAGCAGAAAGAAAAGGGUGCAUUGUGGAUAAAUUUGUUAACAUUUUGAUUUGGGAAUUAAGUAAUAUGAUUGAGCGGAUGCUUUUACAUAGUCCAGAGCACAGGUCUUGCGCAGUUGGCCUUCUUCUUCCUAUCAUUCUCAAAGCAUUACCUGCCAAUGGCUCAUUCGAAAUCUCAAUUCGUGGGCAGAAACAUGGGUUUUCUCGGGAGUAUUUCUUUAUCAAACUCUGGAACUGCUGCAGAACACUGUUUUCAAUUGGACCUUUAGAGAGAAGGGCAGCAUAUACUAUACUAUCUCUGUAUUUCGCCUUUUCCUGGUCCUCAGAAGAAUGUGAAGAUGCUGAUAUUGAUACAAUCAUUAAAACUGAAGAAUUUGACAUAAGAGCAGAAAAAGAGUUCUGGGAUGAAAUAAAGAUAGCGCUGGUUGACAAGGAGAGUUUGGUGAGGAAGCAGAGUUUACAUAUAUUGAAGAUGGUUCUAAAUAUACAAGGAGGCACCAAUUCCAUCUCUAGCAUUUCAAAAGGGAAUACGAAUGAAAAGUGUUCAGUACCUCAUGGCGUGACAAAGAGGGAAAAAUGGGCUUACAAGGAAGCCAAAUCACUUGGUGUUGGGAACCUUCCGAUGAUAGAUGAACUGGUUAUUAACAGCCAGCAGUAUUGGGGUGCGUUUGUGCUUUUAUAUGAGAUGCUUGAAGAAUAUGGUACCCAUUUAGUUGAAGCAGCCUGGAAUCAUCAGGUCUCUUUGUUGCUUCAGUUCUCAGGGUCAUAUCUCAAUGUUGGAAGCAGUAUCAGUAAAGUUCAAAAUCAAUUUGAAAUGUAUGGUGAGACUUUUGACUGGUUAUCUAUUUUAUGGGAACGGGGCCUUCAUCAUGACAAUCCUCAGGUGAGGUGCCUGAUCAUGCAGUCUUUUCUUGACAUCAAUUGGGAGAAUUAUGGGAACUACAUAAAAUCAGUGCCUGAAACUUUUGUUCUUGGUCCAUUUAUGCAAGGGCUAAAUGACCCAAUACACCACAAAGAGUUUGGUGUAAAAGGAGUUUAUAUGUCAAGGGUGAUUGAAGGUGCAGCCCAGUUUCUACAUUAUUAUGUUAGUUUUAUAGCUCCAAGGAAAUGCAUUGCAUUUUUGUACAAUUUAGCAUCUACUGCUAAACAUCAAUCUUUUGGACGAGCUGGACUUAUGGGCCUUGCUGAAUGCAUUGCUUCAGCUGCUUCUGGCAUUGGAAUACUUAAUCGUGUCAGGACAGAAUCAUUUAAUGGAACUUUUCCUGUGGAAUUUGUUUCUGAAAUGGAAAAUCAAACUGAUAAAAAGGAAUUACUGGAUAUCUUUAGAUAUGUUGUUGAGAGCAGCAAACAACAUUUCAAUCCCAGUUACCGUCUUCAAGUUUGUGGCAAAAUUCUGGAGGCUGCUGUUUAUGUGGUGUGCCCAUUUGAUAUUCCGCUUGAAAUUCUUUUGCUUUUCAUUUCCGCAUUGCCAAAGGAAUUUACGGAUUAUGGUGGCCAGUUAAGGAUGACUGUGCAAAGAUGGCUUUCAGGUUGUGGUUACAAGGAUAGGUGUGCCAAUUGCUGUAAUAAUGAGAUAAAGUGGUGGAAGAGUCUUUAUGACUUCCCACAGAACUUUGUCAGCAAUAAUCUUUCAAUUGAUGUUUCUCUUACUUAUGAUGAUGAAGACUUGAGUGCAUGGGAGUCUGAAGCAAAUAGAUGGGCAAAAAUGCUUUUCCUUGCUAUCAAGAAGGAUCAUCCUCUGGAACUUAUUUUUGUGUUCAUUCAAGACAAUGACACUAAUAUCUUGAAACAAAACCAUGAUAGAAGAUUCGUAGUUGUCAAAUUCUUGAUUCUUGUCUUGAGCUUGGUUUUGGAGCUUCGCAGAGCAAAGGAAAGAGCAGUUGAAUAUGAUAAUAAAGCCAGAACAAAUAUAGAGAAUACCUUCCCUGGUGUAGUUGAUGAUCUGUGUUUCAUUGAUGACAUCUCUGAGAAGCUUUCAGAUGAAUUUCUAUGUUUAUUGGAUGAUCUGGUUCAAUUUGCCAAGCAAUCUUGUUCUGUUUUCUGGUCUGGUGUUGUUACAGAGGACACUGCACUGCCUGGUGCAGUGAAAGGAAAACUUGGAGGCCCUAGUCAACGAAGGUUGUCAGUUUCUGCUACCACUACUGUAUUGCAGGCAAUGAUGUCAGUAAAGGCUAUAUCAUUAAUCUUGUUGUGGCGUUACCAAAUCAAAAGAGAUGCUCCACAUAACUCUGCUUUCACUUUUAUGUGGCAAUUCUUCUGGAGGACUACUAGGUCUUCGCUUUCUUGCUCAGAGAUGGGAGCAGAAAUUUCUCUUGCAGCAUAUGAAGCAUUAGUUUCGGUUCUCAGAGUUCUUGCUUCAACAUACUUUCCUCAUUCUUUUUAUCUUGUUGAGGAAAAUGAGCAAUUGUUUUCAGAGAUAGAAGGAAGGCCUCGGUUAGAUUAUAUGUGUGUAUCUUUCAUUCAAAAUAUCAAUGAUCUCCUAGGGUCAGGAGUAUUGGCAAGAACUCGGAGGGCUGUUUUGUUGGAGAUAAAGUGGGUGUGCCUAGAAUCUUUGCUGUCAAUUCCUUCAUGUGCUUUCAAGAAUGGGUUUAAUUUGGAGGAAAACCCUACAUUCUUCUCAGAUGACACUCUAAAAUGCAUUUUUGGUGAUCUUGUUGAGAGCCUUGAAAAUGCUGCAGAAAGUUGUGUUUUACCCAUGCUGAGAUCACUCAGAAUGUUAUUUGAGCUAGUUGCCAAAGUAAUGUCAAAUGCAGCUGCUUCCCAUUGUCACUUAAUAAACGCACAGAUGAUGUGGAAUUUGGUCCAUUCCUCUUGGAUAUUGCAUAUCAGCUGCAAUAAGCGAAGAGUUGCAUCAAUUGCUGCUCUUUUGUCAUCUGUUCUGCAUCCUUUGGUAUUUAAUGAUGAGAACAUGCAUCAAACAGACAAUGCACCUGGACCCCUGAAGUGGUUUAUUGAAAAUCUUCUUGAGGAGGGCAUAAAGAGUCCUCGUACAAUUCGUCUUGCAGCAUUGCACUUAACAGGAUUAUGGCUCUUAAAUCCUAGGAUUAUAAAGUUUUACCUGAAGGAGCUCAAAUUGCUAUCUCUCUAUGGAUCUGUUGCAUUUGAUGAGGAUUUUGAAGCUGAACUAGCUGACAACAAUGAUGCUAGACUGGAAGUUUCUAUACUGGCCAGGAGUCCUGAUCCUGAGCUGACUGAAGCAUUUAUUAAUACAGAGGUCUAUGCACGUGUAUCAGUUGCUGUUCUGUUUUACAAGUUGGCAGACUUGGCUAGGAUGGUGGGAUCACCAAAUGAAGAUGCAAACUGUAUUGCGGCACAAGAAUCUGGCAAAUCAUUUCUACUAGAGCUUCUUGACUCUGUGGUGAAUGAUAAAGAUCUUGCAAAGGAGUUAUACAAAAAGUACAGUGCUAUUCAUAGACGUAAAAUACGUGCUUGGCAAAUAAUAUGUGUAUUGUCACCAUUUGUGGAGGAAGAUAUAGUUGGGAAAGUUUUGGAAUACUUGUACAUAUCACUUAAUAGAAAUAACUUACCUGCUGUUCGCCAAUACUUAGAGACAUUUGCAAUCAACAUUUACUUGAAGUUUCCAUCUCUUGUCAAAGAGCAUUUGGUCCCCAUAUUGCGGGAUUAUGACAUGAGGCAGCAGGCACUAUCUUCAUAUGUAUUCAUAGCAGCUAAUGUCAUUCUCAACUCAUCUAAAGAUGUUCAAUCUAGUCAUUUGAACGAAUUGUUUCCUCCUCUAGUUCCAUUAUUAACAUCACAUCAUCAUAGCUUACGUGGUUUUACCCAGUUACUUGCAUAUCAAAUUCUACAUAAACUGUUUCCAUUGUUGAAUUAUGGAUCUUCUGAGAUGCUACCUUUAGAGAAGAGGUGCUUUGUAGAUUUGAAAACAUACCUUGCAAGAAAUUCUGAUUGUGCACGCUUACGAACAUCAAUGGAAGGAUAUCUUGAUGCUUAUGACCCAAAUAGCUCUGUUACACCUGCUGGAAUUUUCAUCAAUCGAGUUGAGGAGGAUGGUUUUGAGUGUGUUCCAACAUCUCUCAUGGAGCAGGUUCUCAAAUUUUUAAAUGAUGCUAGAGAAGACCUGCGGUGUUCAAUGGCAAAGGAUGUGGUGACAAUCAGGAAUGAGACUCUAAAUUUCAAUGGGGAUAAGAAUUGCAUCGAAAAUUUAUCUGGUGGCAUUGAAGGAACCAUGCUUAAAGAUAUGUCUUCAGAUUUCCAGAAAAAGGUUACUUUUACCAAACAUGACAAGGGGGGCAACGAAGCAGGUUUCCUUUAUGGCAAUGAUGAAACCUAUAAAAAGUUGGCUGAGAUAGAGAGGGAUGAUCUCCUUCUCGACCAACUAUUGCAGUCAAGAAGAUCAUCUCUAGAUCAACAAAAAGCAAGUCGACAGAAUUUUAUCCUUGUUGCAUCAUUGCUUGACCGCAUACCCAAUCUUGCUGGCUUGGCUCGUACAUGUGAGGUAUUUAGAGCAUCAGGGCUGGCCAUUGCUGAUACAAAAAUCAUAAAUGACAAACAGUUCCAACUAAUCAGUGUAACAGCCGAAAAGUGGGUUCCUAUAAUAGAAGUCCCAGUAGAUAGCAUAAAGAUUUACUUGCAGAAAAAAAAGAAAGAAGGAUUUUCCAUCUUGGGUUUGGAACAAACUGCAAACAGUGUACCCCUUGAUCAGUAUAUCUUUCCCAAAAAAAUGGUCCUGGUUCUCGGCCGAGAGAAAGAAGGUAUACCUGUGGAUAUAAUUCAUAUUUUAGAUGCUUGCAUCGAAAUUCCGCAAUUUGGAGUUGUUAGAUCUCUCAAUGUUCAUGUCAGUGGUGCAAUUGCUCUCUGGGAGUAUACUCGACAACAGAGAUCUCAAUAGUCCAUGACUGAGACUAAUCUUGCAAGCCAAUUACGUUGUAAUAUUUAUGUAAAAUAGGUAAAAACUCUAGGAAACUCUUUUUGUGUUGUAACUGAUGUGUUUUGGUUCCGUUACUUUAGAAACGUGCAAUUUACCGAAGUAUUUGACACAUUGCCGACGUCCUCGCAGCAUUUUUUGGCUUGGCAAUUUCAUUCUUUCAAUUUAUAGUCCUACUUUUGAAAUUGAAGUAUGAGUUGCCAAACACAACAACGUUUGCUUUCGAUUCAAAGGUUAUUUCUUCAAAGACUUGUUGCAAUUCCUUGCUGAUGCAUCACUUCAACGAACGGUGGGUCAAGAAUCCAUUCUUCCAUAACUCCUUUGUCACCCAUCUCUCAUUCCACAAUUUUCUUUUUAAUAUGUAAGCAAGACCCUGUGUUCUACUAGAAGUAUUCUAACACAUGAAAUCAAUACCAUUUUCCUCUAACACCGAACUUAGACAAGAACUAUUCUUAACUUUACGAACGUAUUUUAAGGAUGUUGAAACCCCUCAACUUUUGGGGCUUUACGUAA